AUGGGCUACGCACCUGACGAUGAACAGGCCCUCCUAGGUAUCGCAUCCGCCACUGCCACCCGGCGGCGACGCAACGGAUGGCGUUCGACGAUAUACCUAAGCCUGUUCUUGCUGGGAGUAGUCGGCAUACGGAAUAUUAUCCCCUGCGUCCAGCACCGUCGUCAGUUCCAUGAGGCUGCCUCCUUACAGAACGCCGAUCCCGAAUUCGACUGGUACUCUCUCACACCGGCCUCAGACAUCCACUGGACACCCUGCUUCGUCGAAUACCAAUGCGCACGACUCGUCCUUCCCCUCGACUACCUCUCCCCGGCCGGGUUCGGCCCGAACGUGACGAUCGCGCUACAGAUGCUGCCUGCCACAGACAAGGCGAACUACAAGGGGACAAUCCUCCUCAACCCGGGCGGACCGGGGGGCUCGGGGACGUCGCUCGUCGCGCGCGCGGGGAAGAACCUCUCGCAGAUCGUCGGGCCCGCGUACGACGUACUCGGGUUCGACCCGCGCGGGACGGGCGCUAGCACGCCCGUCGCGCAGUGCUUCGCUAGCGAGGCGGAGUACCAGAUCUGGAACCUUCAGGGUGGCGGACUGCUCCACCCAGACGGCGUAUCUGUCCCAUUGGCCCGCGCUCGGGAGCAAGUAGUUGGUCAGCGUUGCGCGCAGGCGCUCGGCGGGAGCGGGAUCGAGGACGCGGCAGGGAGCUUGAAGGAGUGGGGCGGCGGACGGUUCAUGAGUACGCCGAGCGUCGCGACGGACAUGCUGCGCAUAACAGAGAAACUUGGCCAGGAGAAGCUGCAGUACUGGGGCUUCAGCUACGGGUCGGUCCUAGGGCAAUACUUUGCGGCGAUGUACCCCGACAAGGUGGGCCGGCUGAUCAUCGACGGCGUAAUGGAUGGGUACAAUUACCGAGGGGACGUCCCAGGCGAGGUAUGGAACAGCAACCUUGUCGACACCGAAAAGGUCCGAACAUCUUUUUUCACAUUCUGUCACCAAGCGGGCCCAGAGAAAUGCCCAUUGUACGAGCCCACCGUGGAGGAGAUCAUCGCACGUGUGGACGUCAUCAUGGAGCGUAUUUCUGCUGAGCCCGUUGCGCUACCUUUCGCAUCGGGCGGGCCGACGGUUAUCGGGACAACGGAACUGAUUCGAGCGAUGUUCUUGGCAACGUACAAUCCCGCGGCGCUCUUCGGAAGCCUGGCGGACACGUAUGUCGCAGUGGAGCAGAACGACACUACGACGCUGGCGAAGCUGUGGGCCACUGUCAACGGCGGGUUCGCGUGCAGCUGCAAGAGCACUCCAGCGUGGCUUGCUGACUCGGAGACGGAGGCGUUCUACUUUAUCGCGUGCGCCGACAGAGAGCCCACCUCGUACGCCCCCGACGACUUCGCCGCUCACCUCGCGAACCUGACCGCAGUGUCCCCGUCUGCGGGCCCGAUUUGGGGCCAGAUCUAUCUGCAGUGCACCGAGUGGAGCGUUCGCUCUAAGUGGCGAUACACGGGCCCGCUCGCCGCCGAGAGCACCGCGAACCCGGUGCUGCUCAUCGCGCCGCGGUACGAUCCCGUGUGCCCCCUCUCGGACGGGCGCAAGGUGCAUGCGCGCUACGGCGGAUCUGGUUUACUUGUACAAAACUCAUUCGGGCACUGCACCCUCUCCGCGCCGUCUCUGUGCACCGCCAAGUACGUGCGGGAGUACUUCGCCACCGGGGCGCUUCCGCCGGAGGGUGCGGAGUGCGAACCGGACGAGCUGCCGUUCGUAGGCACAGUGAAGGACGUCGCGGCGAUGUCGAACGAGGAUCGGGAGUUGUUGGAUGCACUCAGGGGACUGUCGGGUGAGCUGCUGAUGAUGGGGAACUUCUAA